AACCAGGAAAAGCUUGAAAACAACGGCAACCUUUGCCAACAACGUGUAUUUAUGAUUUUAUGGGCGUUGCAAAUAAUCAGCAAGAUGAUUUGGAGAGUGCAGUAGCUGUGUACAUUUCCCGUCUCCUCGUUCUUUGGUCACGCGUGUGUAUGUUGCACUAACUCACUGUAUUACCGAAUUCAUUGGUCCCAGAUUGCUGGAGACAGAAUCAAACUCCAAGAUUCCCGUCAGCAGAAUGGAUCCAUCUCUUUGGAUCAUGGCCAGGUGGCUUUAGCCCAAGCGGCAAUGGACAGGCAGGUCCAGUUGGUCCUCACGGACGUUUUAAAGACUGAACAGGGGCUGGCCUACCUGGACAAGAAAAGGCGUGGCCUGAUGACUGACAAUGGAGAGAGAAAGAGAGAGUCGUGGGUGGGGAGUGGGCAGAGGAGGGUGUCUCCGAGCAGCAGAGAGGGGGGAUCGGAGAGAUGACCCCCAAUACAGAAAGAGACCCCAUGACCACGACACACCCACCUCGACCCGCAAGGAGACGAGGUCACACCAUAGAGGGGGGUCAGAGGAAGAAGAGGAGAUGAAAGAAGUCAUAAUAGGAGAGGAGAAUGAGGGUAGUGUGUCAGGGAGGCGCAGGUCCGGGGUACCUUUGGAGGAGGUGACCUUUACUGAGGGGGACAGGCACCAGAAAAAGCGUUACCCACAAUCCACCAGGACCAGGAAGUUCAAUUCAUGUUCAAGUGAAUCCACACACGCUGAGAGCGAGAGAUGUAGAAGGGAGUCUGGGCUCUACUGUAAUGGACAGGUGAAGGAUGGAUGGAUGAAGGAUGGCGUAGUGGAGAGCUUGACCACAGACACCUCCAGGCGCUCCAGGGGGAGCGUGCUGCGCCUAUCCGGGGAGUCCAGAGGCGUGGGAGGACUGCUCCCAAAACGGCUCUGUCUGGAGGGGACAGGGGGCAGAGACACCAAUGUAGCAUCCAUAGAGGUAGAGGUGGAUCCCUCCGACUUUGACGGGACCUUGAUGGUUGUCACUGUGGGGGAAGACGAGGAAGUUGUUAGCCCCUCUAACCCCAGCUGUGGAAAGGAGAGGAGAGGAACCCUGAGGCUGUGCCUGUCCUCCAGCCAGGAUAGGUCGCCCAAACCCAGCCCUGCUGAACCCAUUGUUCUCUCCAGUGAUGAGGAGGAGGUAGUCACCCCACCCCGCAGUUCAGUCCUUUGGCCACAGACUGGCGCUAGUGAUUCUAAGCCCCAGAGAAAUCAUUCUCAGGAACAAAUGGUGGCAGAGAUGCACUCUCAGUUGGUGCCUGUGGUGGUGACCGGAUUUGGGGUUGCCCCCUUCCCCAGCACUGAGGACUCUGAGAAUAUGGGCCUGCCCUUCUUUUCCCUGCACUGUGGGGGGGUCCGUGGGGAGGCCAGCGGGAACCUCAGGAUCACAAACCAAAGAAUCAUCAUACCAAUUCAAGAGCCUUCGGGCCUGGUAGAAGUGAUGGUGACUGUGGAGCGCUGUCAGCUGUGGCGGUACAGCGUCUGGGACUGGGAGGAGCUACAGGAGAGAGGGCUGGGGUGGGAGGUUGAGGGGGAGAGGGGGCAGCUGCCCCCCGCCCUCCUCCUCCUCUACGUGUCAGACACCCAGGCAGCCGCUGUCCAAGAAGACCUGAGUGAGCUGUCAAUCAAACAGGCCUUAGACCCACCCACUGGUCAAGCCAGUCCCUUUCUCUUGCUCACUCUGUGCGACCCUCUGGAGGGGGUGGAGGGGGCACUCCUUCGCUCCAUCCUCGACAUCAUCUGUCUCAACAACACCCCGCACGUUGACGCUACACGGCUCCGUGGCAGCUCUCCUGCCAACUGGGUUGUUGACCUCCACAGUCCCCUCCUGUCAUUGGAUGACAGUCUGGUGCUGGUCAGCAGAACUGGACUGGACCCGCAGCUACUCUCCCUACUGGGCCAUAACAGUGCCAAGCCUGGCACAGAGCCAGACCAGGACCAAGAACCAGAACAGGACAGAGACACACAUGGGCUGGAGCUGGACCCUCUGGACAGAGAGAUGGAGGGGGAGUCCCAGACGCUACCAGACACAGAUACACAGAUGGAGGAGGAGCAGAGGGAGGGGAGUCCAGUCCAGCCCAGACCCGUGUACACAGUGUGUCACCACAGAACCAGAGGUUCCUACUCUGUGUCCCUGGGCCCCAAGCCUGGCUCCAACUGGACCCGGUACACACACCAGGGCCCCACACGCAGGUUGAUCCAGUUUCCUCCACCGCCUUCCAAAGGAGGGAUCACCGUGACAACAGAAGAUCUGGAGUGCCUUGACAAUGGCCAGUUCCUGAAUGAUGUCAUCAUCGAUUUCUACCUCAAGUAUCUGCUCCUGGAGAGGGCUCCACAGGAUGUGGCUGAUCGCUCUCAUGUCUUCAGUAGCUUCUUCUACAAGCAGCUCACACGCAGAGACAACGCAAGUGAGGACAGUACCAGCAUCUCAGCACAGCAGCGGCGGCACCAGCGAGUGAAGACGUGGACACGACAUGUGGACAUCUUCAAGAAAGACUUCCUGUUUGUGCCUGUCAAUCAGGAAGCCCACUGGUACCUGGUGGUGAUCUGCUUCCCUGGCCUGGAGGAGCCCCAGUGUGAGGAGUGGCGCAACCCAGCCUCGCGGAGGGGAACAGGGGGGGAGAAGCCAGGCAAGGCCCAGGCUGAAGAGGAGGCCUCCGGGUCUGAAAAGCUUAAUGGUAUCACUGAUGUUCCCCCUGGUCCCACCAACACUGACAACCAAGACAAACUGACUCUUACAGUUUCAGAGAGUGUUGUCCAGGGUGACUCAGUACUCCAGCCCCCUCCUGGUCCUCCGGACUGCACUGAGAAGACCUGCCACAGAGAGAAUGUCUGUAAAAGACCCUGCAUUCUCAUCAUGGACUCCCUCAAGUUCUCCCUCCAUGAGCGUGUCUUCAAACUCUUACGGGAGUACCUGCAGUCAGAGUGGGAGGUGCGUCGGGGGUCUGUCCGUGAGUUCAGUUCUGAGCAGAUGAGAGGCUCCCACUGUAAAGUCCCUCUACAGGACAACAGCAGUGACUGCGGCCUAUACCUGCUGCAAUACGUUGAGAGUUUCCUGCAGGACCCUGUGGUGCACUUUGAGCUCCCCCUGCGCCUAGAACACUGGUUCCCACGGCAACAGGUGCGGAGGAAACGAGACGAAAUCAGGGACCUGGUGCUGAACCUGUACAGACACCAGAGGGGCACGGUUUCAAACCAGGACCAUGGAGCUACCCACCGGCAGAAGCGCAAUGUCCUUUUCCCCAGCGGGGUCAAACUCUGCGGGCAGGAGAGUGUGCAACAAGCCAUCGCAAAUCAUCUCAGCUACUUUCACCUUCGAGUGUGUCAGGAGACGGUGUGGGAAGCCUUCAAGAUUUUCUGGGACCGCCUCCCGAACCAGGAGGAGUACCAGACCUGGAUGAGGCGGUGCCUGGACGGCACGACCACCGCUCUGGAGAUGGGCAACAACUUCAGCCAAUCAGAGGAGCACCUGGCUCUGGUUGAAAGUAGAAUGUCAGUGACGGGGUUGAAAAGUGAUGCCACCAACACAUGGUUACAUAUGUGCAGCACCCAGACUCCAGACACAGAACAGGAGGCUCAAGAGGUCGUCAGUGAGGUCAUCAUAGAGGAGCCAGAGGCUGCGGAGGCGGAGCCUUCCAAAGAACCCACAAAUGACAUAGAGAUGGAGGUGUUGGCGCGGGUCCACCUGGAGCAGGUGGUGGAGCUGAGUAUCCUGUUGAAGGGAGAGACGUACAGCGAUGCUCUCAGAGACCCUGCCAGUCUCCAGUACCAGACACUCAACCAGCAGUUCACUGACAAGAUAAAGGAUGCUGUGGGGGGACUGCCAGGCUUUAAGAGUGUGGCUGUGCUGCAGUUCAGGCUUCAGAAGGAUGCCCAAGGGUUGGAUGGUGUGGUGGUGGUCUAUGCGGUGACAGUGGAGGUGGAAGGGGAUGGGGUGAGCAGUGACCAGCUGGACUACCUGACCCUGCAGUCCAAUCUGGUGGAGAACUCCUACAGAGAGGUGAAGGAGAGGAACUACAUCACUGAGGCCCAGCACAACAUUAUCAGUGAUACAACUCUGGUCCUCGACCCUGACUCACUGCAACUAUAUACUGUGUCCAGUGUUACUGAGUCCUUUGAACCCACCCCUGGAAUACCCGAGGAUUACACCAACGGCAGUGUGGAGGACAUUUUGGCUGUUGAGAUGACUCCAACCGAGGUUGAAGCACAGGAUGUAACGACGGGGGAGAAUGAUGUCAUUGUUGUAGAGGAGAGCAUGACCCUCCCCUCUGAGGUGACCAUCGAUGACACGGUGUUGGGGAACACCGUGUCUACAGAGAGCCCUUUGUUGGAGGACCUCCCUACAGACCCAACCUCCCCUGAGCAGCCAAAGGGUGCUACGCUCCCCGAGCCUCCUCUGGAGAUUGAGGCCUCUGGUUCAGGUGUUAAAGUACUGAAGGACUUGCACUUCCAGCCUGAGGAAGAAGAAGCCAUAGAAGAAGAGCCAGCUCCAGAAGAGGAACUGACCAUAGAAGAAAAGGCAGUUCCUGAAGAGGUAAUCAUCGAGGAAGAUAUCCAAACAGAGGAAGCAGAAGCGGUGGUCUCCGAGGAAGAUCAGGUAGAGGAAGAAACAGUGGAGGUCCCUGACACAGUAGAGGUUCUAGAAGAGGAAGCUGGACCCUCUGAAGACCUAGAGUACUCCAUCAUAGAGACGGAGACCAUUGAAGGGGUAGAGGAAGAGGCCCCUGCCUUCGUCCCUGUGGAAAUGAUGGAAGCUCCCGAGCCAGUAGGGGGCCUCGGUGUCCCUGAGAAUCCCCUUGCCAUUGCGACUCUGACCCCAGAUGAACCUGAAGAGGAGACUAACGUGGUGCUGGCUUAUCCAGAAAUACCUGAAUAUGGAGCGGAAAUUGAGAGCUUAGAGGGACCAAUCAUCGAGAAGCCAUUAACUAAAGUGGAUGCUGAGGAAGAGGUGGCAGAAGAAGUGGUCGUUGAAGUUCCGGACAUUUCUGAGAUCUCGGAGGAGGACUUGGUAGAAGACGAGAUCUUAUUGGUCGAUGAGGCUGCUCCGGACGCCACCCACACCACCCCUCUCUCUGCGGAGAAAGAGUCACCCUUCACCCGAGUCUCUGAUUUCAUAGUAUUGGAGGAGGUUACAGAGGCCACAGCCCUGGACACAGCCCCAGAACCAGAGGCAGAACAGGAGGACCAAGGGGUCACCCCAGCUCUCAUACCCGCCGAGUACCACCCUGAUCCUGACAUUUCUAUCACUCUGGAGCUGCAGACGAUAGAUCCUGUGACAGACUAUGACCUGGUCCACUUCGGCGGGACAAACCAAACAGAGGAAGGGAGCAGUGGGUACCCUUCUGGAGUGGUAAAUGGUACAGACCACAGCAUUGCCAUGCCAAUCAACCCUGGGCGGGCUCUGAUGGUGUUCUUUAGGCUGAGGGUCACCAACAUGAUGUUCUCAGAUGACCUCUUCAAUAAGAGCUCUGCAGAAUACAAGGCCCUAGAACAAAGGUUCCUCGAGCUGCUGGUCCCCUACCUCCAGUCCAACCUUACUAACUUCCAGAACCUGGAGAUCCUGAACUUCCGGAAUGGGAGUAUCGUGGUCAACAGCCGGAUGAAGUUCGGGAGGCCGAUGCCUCGCGGCGUCAACAAUGCAGUCUACUUGAUCCUGGAAGACUUUGCUAACACAGCCUACCAAACUAUGAACCUGGCCAUCGACAAGUACUCACUGGAUGUAGAGUCAGGUGACCAGGCCAACCCCUGUAAGUUCCAGGCGUGUAAUGAGUUUGCCCAGUGCUCUGUGAACCGCUGGUCUAGCGAGGCGGAGUGUGUGUGUAAUGCUGGCUACUUCAGUGUGGAAGGUCUGCCCUGUCAGAGCAUCUGUGAACUGCAGACAGACUUCUGUAUGAAUGACGGGAAGUGUGACAUCAUACCUGGACAGGGGGCCAUCUGCAGAUGUCGUGUAGGGGAGAACUGGUGGUACCGUGGAGAACACUGUGAGGAGUAUGUGUCAGAACCUCUGGUGGUCGGCAUAGCGAUAGCCUCUGUAGCAGGUUUCCUACUGGUGGCAUCUGGUGUGAUCUUCUUCCUGGCGAGGACACUACGGGAUCAGUACGAUAAGGAUGAGGCCGAGGACCCCAUACGGCGAGGGGAGAGUAUCCCGUCUCUCGAGAGGGCCACUAAGUACAACCCCAUGUAUGAGAGUGAGGCCACGACGGGCUACAGCCACUACUACCGCCGCUACCCAGAAGCCCCGGUCUACAGCAGCGCCAGCGCCGAGGCCUCCACAGACUUCAGCAGUGAGGAGAUACGCCACAUCUACGAGAACAGCGAACUGACCAAGGAGGAAAUCCAGGACAGGAUACGCAUCAUCGAACUCUAUGCGAAGGACCGGCAGUUUGCAGACUUUGUGCGGCAGCAUCAAACUGCCCUGGAUACACGCAGACAGAGCACCCUUGAUAAACGCAGAGAGAGCACGUCCACGUAGCCCUGAAUGGGACACUAAGCUGUAUGCUGGACAACAAGGUACCUUAUCCUUAACUUUGCUCUUUCCCCGCCCUGCUCUUCCUCCUUUGUCAGUGCCUUCUCUCGAUUGGGUGAGCUCUGCUGGAAUGGGUGUGGUGGCUGUGGGCAUAUCUGCUGCUCAUUGGAUGUCUUCCUUUGGGGGAAGACCGGCCCCCCUCCAUCUGGAAUCAUAUUCGUUACAUGACAUUAUGACAAACAAAACGCAAUGCUCUCUAGGAUACCUGUUCUUUAGGUAGCAGAUAAGACAUGAUAGAGUAUUACAUUUGCAUUUAAUGUCAUAUCUCACCCAGUUGUUGUUGACGGAAGAAUGUAGCACUGUGAAAGUGUAAAUAUUUAUCCCAUUGGAAUGUUGGAUAGGUACUGUAAUGUGUGAUUAUCACUCUAUCUGCUAAUGUGUUGUAUGGACUGUUAUGGUUAAAGAACUGUAUGAACUAGAGACUUUUCUUAAAGGGAUGGUCUAUACCAGGGGUGCACAACUCAGGACCUCAGGCCCUCUGGCAACUCAGGCCCUCUGGCAACUCAGGCCCUCAGGCCCUCUGGCAACUCAGGCCCUCAGGCCCUCUGGCAACUCAGGACCUCAGGCCCUCUGGCAACUCAGGACCUCAGGCCCUCUGGCAACUCAGGACCUCAGACCCUCUGGCAACUCAGGCCCUCUGGCAACUCAGGCCCUCUGGCAACUCAGGACCUCAGGCCCUCUGGCAACUCAGGACCUCAGGCCCUCUGGCAACUCAGGCCCUCUGGCAACUCAGGCCCUCUGGCAACUCAGGCCCUCUGGCAACUCAGGCCCUCUGGCAACUCAGGCCCUCUGGCAACUUCUGCAGGGACUAAAAGCAGCAGAUAUUGUUGCCCUCUGGACCAGAGCUGUGCACCCUUGUUCUAUACCCAGCUGGAGGUUGUUGGAGAUUGAGCUCAGUUGACUGGCCAGUGUCUGUGCUGUUCUGGGUGCUAUGGGAUCUCUGUUGUCUGAGUUUCUGGCUAGUAGUAAGCCUAGGUAGUGUUCUCCUGAAGUUGGGAGAAGCUAGUUGGAUGCACUCUGUGGGCAGAUCUUAAAUCUCAGCCCACUAUGGCUCUGGUGAAAAGUAGUGCACUAUAUUGGGAAUAGGGUGUACUUUGACAUUUUAGGAAAAGUGGACAAAUGAAGGGCGAAUCUUCAAUUUUUGUUCAGCUGCAAUAAUUUUUCCCUCCUUCUCUAUCCCUCACUCUCUCUCUACAUCAGGAAGCAGUUGGAGUUUGUUUUCUGUAGGAAAAAAAAGUAUUAUGAGAGAGAGGGGGAGGGAGGGAGAGUGGGAGAGGGGGAGAGAUUUUGCUGAAGGACCAAAAUAUAAGUGAAAACACAUUUAGAAUGGAAACAAUCUUCAAGGGGAUUUGAUCAGGCAGUCUGUUUCCAGAUAUGUGUUAGAAAACAUUCAAGAAAGUAUAUCAAAUGUACAUGCGUAAACAACAUGUGCUCUGUGGAGAAGCAAACUCUUAGCAGCGGCUUUUAAAUCAAAUAAAAAUGAACCAGAAAUGUCAAAAUGGUCCAUUCUGUAACCACUAGUUUGGACACCGUCCUUGCUUUACCCUGUAAGUAUUUCACAUGAAGAGGACUGGUUUCCAGUGAAUCCUCAAAGUUGCAUCUCUUCAUGCUGUAGGUUUACUUUUCCACAUUUGUUUUGACUGUGAAUAGUCAUAGGAAAUCAUAAGAAUACACAGGUUUAACUCAAAUGGCAACAUAUUCCCUAUAGUGCACUACUUGCCUAAAAUAGUGCACUAUACAGGUUAAUGUGUCCAUUUGAGAUGUGACCACAGACAUUUAAGAUGUUUCCUGAUUUAGGUUUACAUUUCAUGUUAUCCUGUCCUUUUCUCUCAGGCUUCUGUAUGUCUCCACACAAGCGAGAACACGGGUUACUGUGGUUGAGCACAAGCUUACCUUCCACUUAUGAUAUCGUCAUGCCUUUUCAAUCUGUGUGUUCGUUUUUAAACACAUUUUCUCGUGUGCAUAAACUGGUUUUCUCAACAUUCUCUUCCUUCAUCGGGACUCAUAGCCAAUGGGAUGGAUCCAGAACGCUGUGAUGUAAAUACUAUCCGAGUGUUGUGGUAUGUUCUUUACACUAGAAUGUCAACGGAAUGUGCUUGAAAUGUUGACAUGUUUUGUUGUACAAAAUGAUAUGAUUAUUUUUUAACGUAAGCACGGGUGGAUAUUUAAACAAAUAUUACAUUACUACUUGCAGUUAUGUCAAUGUUUAUUCUUAAAAAAGAAAGAAUAAAAUGAAGCACUAAAUAAAAAGACACGUUUUCUACUAAA